UCAAAUGUCAUGUCAGCAAUACUGCAAGGCUGCCGUUUUGCUGCGCAUUGUGCCACUUCUUCAAUAAAAACAGCAAGAAAUUUCUAUACAUUUAAGAAAAUGACUGAUAAAACGGUAGAUUAUACUACCACUAAUGGGUUGGAGAGCAAAACUCCGUUCCUGAUCGGCGUCGCAGGAGGCACAGCCAGCGGCAAGUCAACAGUAUGCCAACGCAUAGUAGAAAAGCUGGGGCAACAACACAAGGAGCAAACGGAGAGGCGGGUGGUGUGCAUCAGCCAAGAUUCGUUCUAUCGUGAGCUCACACCGUCUGAGAGGCUCCGUGCUGAGCGAGGGCAGUUCAACUUUGACCACCCGGAUGCCUUUGAUGACAAGAAGUUGCUGGCAACACUGAAGGAUAUACUUGCGGGGAAGAAAGUAGAAGUGCCUGAAUACAAUUACAUCACAAAUUCUAUUAGCAACCGGACGCACACAAUCUACCCCGCUGAUGUGGUGCUCAUCGAAGGCAUCCUGGUCUUCUACUUCCCCGAGGUCCGAGAACGGUUCCACAUGAAGCUCUUUGUUGACACAGACUCGGACACAAGAUUGGCGAGAAGAGUGCCGCGGGACAUCAUGGAGCGAGGCCGCGACUUGGAGCAGGUGCUCAACCAGUACAUGAACUUUGUGAAGCCCGCCUUCGAAGAGUUCUGUUUGCCGACAAAGAAAUUCGCUGACGUCAUUAUUCCUAGAGGCGCUGACAAUAUCGUGGCUAUUGACUUGAUAGUGCACCACAUAUGGGACAUUAUGUAUAAGAAGCGGUCGCCGCCGCGCCUCAACGGAUGCAAGCACGAGGAGGAAAACGGGGCACGACGCAUGUCAGGCAGUUCGGAGGACACGCUGAGCCGAUAGGAGGCGGGGGACUUUUGAGAUGCACUUGUACCAACACUUUGACACGUCAAACUUGGACGGACGACAUACUAGAUGUUGACACGAUUUUUUUUCUGUUUUUGGAUGAUAACUUCUUAUGUUUCAUGUUUACACUCACGUCUGUUUCCCAGAGGGGUAGGCAGAGAGCCUGGCAAGCAAUUUUCGCUUCACGCACUUUCAUAACGUGAGGAACGUGCUCGCCGGUUUCGAGUACUUCUGACUUGGCUUUUUUUUUUUCUUAUUUAACAUCUUAUGGCGUUAUGGUCUAUAUCCCGGUCAAUAUAAGUCUAAUCUUAUAGCGUUGACAAAUAAUCGUAAAAUUUGGAAGACCUAACCCUGAACACAUAUCCGACAAGAGCAUUGCUUAGAUUCAUAGUUUUUUAAACACAAUAAGAAAUUAUUAUCUAAUAGCUUCGUGUACAACUAGAAUGGCGUGGCGUUCGUAUACAGUGCGUUAGCGUGACUUGCUUGCUAACACGAACGAGAUUUAUAGAGAGUAAGUUACGCACACGCUAGGACAUAUUUCCGUGUCAAGCUUGUGGUAGGGCUGAUGAAAUAUACUGAAUGUCAUAAGUUCUGUAUUUUCUCGUGGCGUGGCUUUGUUCGUUGCAAUAUUCUACUUAUGUCAAAUUAAUAUCAAUUAUUAACUGUAGCUCAAAACAUUUAAAGAAGUGUGCUUCGCCUAUGCAGUUUUUCUUUCCCUACAGAAGCAGUGUACUCAACGUAAUAAAUAUAGAUCCGAACAAAGUGCCAGAAAUAUGUAUACAGGAUUUUAUUGCUACGUUAAAUUUGUGGAUACAUAUUUUUGGAACUUUGUCUGCAAAUAUAUGUAAUACCUUGAUAUAUAAGAUUUAAAACAAGUACAGUUACAGGCCAGGUUGCACUUCUUAGGUGUCUGAGAUACAUUACAGUACAUAUCUUGACGUAGAACCAUCGAUCUAAACUAAAGUUUAAAUCGAUGCGUAGAACUAUCACUGCCCACGAAAUAGUUAGUACUAGCCCUACGCUGCAUCUCGAAAGUUGCGUAUACUAUUAACGUAUUUUA